AUGUGGGCCGUGGAGCCGUUGCCGACGACGAUCUCGCAGUUGGCGGCGCGCUGGCAAACCAGUCAUAAGAUGGUCGUCUAUGCGCUGCCGUUGCUCUGUUUCGCCAGUACUGAAUGCGACCCCAUCAAACUGGUGGCGCCCUUUAUGCCGUGGCGGAUCAAGGGCGUCAUGGCCAUCGCGAUGCUGCUAGCUGUGACGGGCGAGUUCACCGCAAGCGGGGGACUUGCGACCAGGUGCACGCAUGAGGGCCUCGUGGGCACCCUGGCCAUGGCGGAUCAGGUCAGCAUGUGCGAAGCGUUGUUGCGCUUGGUCGUUCACCACGGGUCCAUCGGCGCGUCGGAGGACUGGGGGGUGCUUAAAGAAGCAAAGGCCAUGUUGGCGGAUCUCGAGAGCCUACAAGGACAAGGGGCUGCAUUUUUCGAGAGCCAGGUGCUUGGGCCCAUUAAAACGCUCUCGUCUUUUGCCGUCGAGGGGCUGGAAGCAAUGUUGGGUGGGAAGAGUCUGGUCAAGAGGUAG